AUCGGUAAUGAUAUUCGUUGGGACGUUUACCGGCAUCUUAAUAAUUCUGGGAAAUGCUUUGGUUUUAGUUGUGACGUGGAAAAAGAAGAGUCUCCAUCAACCGAAUAAAUAUUUUGUCGCUGGUCUGGCUGCCGCUGAUCUUUUGGUGGGCGCAUUCGUGGCUCCUGUGCUAGUACUGUCGCACUUCAAAAUUAAUGAGCGCAAUGUCCAUCUGUGUCGUUUCCUAGUGUGGAUCAGUAUAUUUUCCCUUGUGACAUCCAUUUAUACAUUAACAUUCAUUAGUUUCGACCGGUAUCUUAAAAUCAGCAAACCACUUCAGUAUAGAACACGAAUGAGGACUUCCACGUCAUUGAAGAUAAUUUGCUUUAUUUGGAUUAUAUCCGCUGUCAUUGCCUCGUACGCCGCCGCUCCGAAUUCAGGAAGCAACGGAUUAACAAAAGGCCUCGACUGUUUUACUAUGAAGUCGAGUACCUACAUUGCUUUUUCUGUAAUAUCGAUAUUUUUACCAAUCAUAUUUAUGGCGGUCAUGUAUUGCCUUAUCUUCCAUGUUGUUCAUAAGCGACGACAAAUGCUGCAGAAUGGUGAAUUAGGGCAAGCGAACAGUCAACUCCGGCACAGAAAUGGCUUCUUCCAAGAUCUUAAAGUUAUACGAAUGUUUUUAGUCGUCGUUGGCGUCUUCAUGCUUUGCUGGAUACCAAUUGUUGUUCGUCUUUUUGACAUGUUAAAUAACCCCGACGUUUACGAUCCAAAACAAGAAGAUUCAACAAGCUCAUGGCAUCGUCAUGUUAUCACGAAUUACGUAAUAGAAGUGCUUCCACUUGUAAAUAGUCUAUGUAAUCCAUUUAUAUAUGCUUGUCUUGACCAGACCUAUAAAAUUGCUUUCAAGAAUAUGUUCAGAGGGAUGAUUUGGGGACAAAGUACAAGAGGAGAACUGCAGCAAAAACGGAAUAAAAUUGCUAACAAGUGCAACCACGGAAAUCUAAUAAUUGAAAAAACUGAAUUGUGUAGUAGUGAUUCAAGGAAAACUGAUAUUGAAAGCAUGUUUUAGCUCUUCGCCUCGUUUAUGUAAAUUAUGUCGCACUUCUGUGGAACAAAUUAGAUGAGAAUUUUUGUUUUUCUCUGGGGGGCCGAAAGAGAGG